GCUAUAUUAACGCGUGGCUCAGCUCGUUUCUGCAUGUCUGUUUCCAUAAAGUUGAAGAGGCAGAAGACUGCUGCAGCUGGAAGUUUUCACACAUUCACGAAACUGCGUGAGACGAAACAGAAGAUCUCAUUUGAAACGACGGAAGGGAGAGAGAUCACACCUGAUACAAGAUUAAAGAGAGACACCACGCUGAGACACAGAGAGACUUCUUGAAAAGUAGAAAACUCCCGAGGCUCAAAGGCUUUUCAGAAGAUCAGAAGCUUAAUAAAGAUGAACAAUUUCUGAACGGAGAUCCGUAGGAAGACUGUCCAUCAACUCUAACGAUAAACCGACAGACAAAGAGAAACGCCUUCCUCCCUUCGCUGCCAUGGACUCAGGGAAGCAACUAACGUUCCCCUUGUUGAUGAGCAUUGGCACUGCGGUGAUUGGCUCCCUGCAGUUUGGAUACAACUCAGGUGUCAUCAAUGCUCCACAGAAGAUCAUUGAGAAUUUCAUCAAUGAGACGUAUAAAGAACGUUACGGGGAGGACAUUACCAGCAGCUUCCUCACAGGAAUCUGGGCCAUUUCUGUGUCCAUCUUCUCUAUUGGAGGCAUUUUUGGUUCCUUCUCUGUUGGAUUCUUUGUCAACCGUUUGGGAAGGAGGAACUCCAUGCUCAUAGCCAACAUUUUAGCCUUCAUCGCAGCUGCUCUGAUGGGAUUUUCAAAGUUGGCCAGGUCUUGGGAAAUGCUCAUCAUUGGUCGCUUUGUAGUGGGUCUCUACUCCGGCCUCUGCACUGGUUUUGUGCCCAUGUAUAUCGGCGAAGUCUCCCCGACGGCCCUGCGAGGCGCACUGGGCACGCUGCACCAGCUGGGAAUUGUCGUAGGCAUCCUCAUUGCACAGAUAUUUGGGUUGGAGAUGAUCAUGGGUAACGCUGAGUUUUGGCCUCUGCUGCUGGGCUUCCUCUUCAUCCCGGCGGUGAUACAGUGCGUCCUGCUUCCGCUGUGCCCAGAGAGCCCCCGUUUUCUGCUCAUCAACAAGAAUGAAGAGAAUAAAGCCAAAACAGUCCUGAAGAAGCUAAGAGGGGCAACAGAUGUGAGUUCUGACAUGCAGGAGAUGAAGGAGGAAAGCCGGCAGAUGAUGAGGGAGAAAAAAGUGACCAUCUUGGAGCUUUUCCGCUCUCCGCUCUAUCGCCAGCCCAUCAUUAUCGCCAUCGUCCUGCAGCUGUCCCAGCAGCUCUCUGGAAUCAAUGCUGUCUUCUAUUUCUCCACACGCAUCUUUGAGAAAGCCAAAGUUCCACAGCCUGUAUAUGCCACCAUCGGAGCUGGUGUUGUUAACACUGCUUUCACUGUAGUUUCUCUGUUCGUUGUGGAGCGUGCAGGACGCAGAACUUUGCACCUCCUGGGACUGAUGGGCAUGGCUGCGUCUGCCGUCCUGAUGACCAUAGCCUUGGCUCUGCUGGAUAAACUCUUUUGGAUGUCCUAUUUGAGCAUUGUGGCCAUUUUCGCCUUUGUGGCGUUCUUUGAGAUGGGCCCAGGUCCCAUCCCCUGGUUCAUCGUGGCGGAGUUGUUCUCUCAGGGACCCAGGCCGUCGGCCAUGGCUGUAGCUGGUUUCUGUAACUGGACAGCCAACUUUAUAGUGGCACAGAGCUUCCAGUAUGUAGAGGAACUCUGCGGCCCCUACGUGUUUAUCAUCUUUACUAUCCUGCUGCUCUUCUUCUUCAUCUUCACGUACUUCAAAGUGCCAGAGACCCGGGGCCGGACGUUUGACGACAUUUCCGCCGGCUUCCGCCAGACGGCCGGCGCUGGAGCAGAGAAACACUCGCCAGAGGAGCUGAACAGCCUGGGAGCGGACUCUCAGCUCUGAGCGAACGAUUGCGAAUGUUUCAGACAAACUCUUUUUCGCAGGCCGAGCGCGAGCUGGAUGGGUCCGCUGGUUAGACGUAGACAGAUCUUCUGGUCGGACUAAUUUUUACUCUGUCACCACAUUUCGGACAUCGUCUCCAAAUCGACAGUUUUUCCUGCUUUGCUCUUAUUGCGUAAAACAGAUAUAAAAAAAAAAUAAUAAUAAAAAAAGAAAGCCUCCAUAGUUUAGGUGUCCCCUGACUGUAGGGAGGAGAGGAGCUGACGAGAGAUUUGGAGGAUUUUAAUAUUUUGGAAAUAUUUUUAAAGGAAAAGACGUAUUUGCAUCACUCCACCAGCUUCUGUCUGUUUUUUUAGUAUUUUACUGAUGCUAUUGCUCAAUGUGAUAAUAAACUCAGCACAUGGAGUUUAUUAUCUGGGUAAAGAGUUCUAUAACUGUAAAAACAAGUUCACUGUGGAGAGAUUCCUGUUUUUAUCGACCAUACUGUAUUACUAUAUCUUUUUAAGACUCUGGCGCCGUUGUGCUACUGUGUUCUUCCACCAGAUGGGGCUAUUACUUUACAAAAGUUGCCCAAUGUUCCACUUUGACGAAACAGAAUGAAGUUACUUGGUAUGCAAACUGUCCUGACAAGCAGUUGAAUGUUUCUUAAAUUAACUCCUUGUUUAGUUACUAUGUCAAAUUUUAUUCUGCUUAAAAAGGCAUGUCAUAUCUAAAAUAUCAUUGUCGAAUGUCAAAAAUCGAAUAUAUUUGGUUCUUUCUUUAGUUGCUUUCACAACUAAUUACAUUAGUGUUAAGAAAAGGAACUAGACAUACCCUAUCUCUGGAGUAACAGAGAUAGGGCAACAACAAUUAAAUUAAAUCAUUCACAUUCAGCUGCCAUAAAGCCAAAAAAUUUGCCUCACUUAGGUUUAGAUUUAGGUUUAGGUCUGAAUCAAUGGUUUUACCCCAGCCGUCACUAGACAUACUUCAGGUCAGGCUGAACUUAUCUAGACUAUACAGCUUCAGUUUAAAUUCUCUAAUGUCCAAGUGGUGCAUUAGUUUAAAAAACUAUGUCUGGACCUGCCUGUCGUUCUUCAGAGAUAGAAGUAAAGUAGACCAAACUGAAUGAGAGGAUUUCUGUUACCCUGAUUAUGUUUUGUUCUGCUAUGUUGGUGUUUGUUAUUGUUUUGCCACCAGUACUGAAUUUAGCAGAAUAUUUCUGCUGUCUUGCUAUUCUGUAGUCAUGUGCUUUACUCUGCACCGAUGUUUGUAAAACAAAAAAACCCGACACAAAUCCGGUUUGCCUUGCUGCACAAAUCGCUGUCUAUCUCUGCUGUAUCCCUUUUGAGAAACCGCGUCUUCUCUCUGAGUUUGAGAAAGGUUAUCGUUUUAGCAGCACUUUAUUAUUCACAAUGAGAGGUGAUGAGGCUGAGUCUGUUACCUUUUGAUGCACAGUGAGUAUGCUUCGUCACUACAGUGAGAUGGAAGAACUGUUGACAGCUUUUUAAAAAUGUUUUUAAGAUGCAACCUUGGAAAGUUGUCCAUCUUCCACGGCCCUUUUUCUGCACAGAUUUGAACCAGUCAUAUCACAGCAAUGAAGACAUUUAACAUUAGCAACAAAAAGAAGUUUUUAAUCAUUCGAGGACCAGCAGUCUGCUACAUGUGUAGCAGUUCUUUCCAUAACACUGUAACAUCUCCACUCUUUGCCUUUGUGUGCCUUUCACUUAAUAUCACCAGAAAUGUUUUAUAGUAGCAGCUCCAACUGAUGUCUACUGCUGAUACUGAAACUAGUAAAAUUUCACUCUUGUAUAUAGUUUAAUAAAUAUGUCUGGGCAUUGAACUGUGGUAUGUGUAGCCUGUGAUAUUGAGUACGCAGGUAAAGGCAUGGGAUGAAGGCAACACAUAGAUCCAUACCCUUCAGAUAACGCAAAUCCUUUACUUUUUAAUGUUUUUUUUUACACUUAAAUUAUUAAUGAUGUAGAGCAGCACAUUUUGCCUUAUUUUUCUGUCUGACUACAUUGUUUCCACGUUUCAAUACUGUAACUUUUAGAUUUGCAUGUGAAAUUUUUGUAGUGUUUAGAGGAUUGUGGAAGAAGCUUUUUGUUGAGUAAUAUGAAAUGUGAUGGAUGAUGCUGUAAAAUUAUUUUAAAACUUGUGUUUAUGAAUAAACAAAGUCAUACAAACAGA